ACCGGGAAGGAAGUUAACCUCUUGUCUCUAAAAAUUUUCGAACAAGUAAAGUAAAGAAUUCACAAUCUCCCUUUACCGCUUCCUUCUCUCUAUAUCUAUUCUCUUCCUACCUCAGUUUAGAACUCCCAAAAUCCUCUCUCUCUCUCUCUCUCUCUCUCUCUCUCUCUCUCUACUCUCCUCCAUGGCGAUGUUUCGUAUAAGAAUUGCCAUCAUUCAUAUUUUUCUUCUACUUCUUCUAACUUCUUCAGACACUUAUGGAUUUCUACGUGGAGUCACAUCCCUCGGUAUCAACUAUGGUCAAGUUGGCAACAAUUUGCCACAGCCAGAGAAGGUUCUUGAUCUCUUGAGCUCCCUUAAGCUCACAAAGGCAAGAAUCUAUGAUACCAAUCCCCAAGUAUUGACAGCAUUCGCAAACUCCAACGUUGAGCUGAUUGUCACUGUUGAAAACCAAAUGCUAGCUGUUCUAAUGGAUCCUCAACAAGCCCUUCAAUGGGUUAGUAACCACAUCAAGCCAUAUUUUCCGGCCACAAGAAUUACAGGAAUAGCUGUAGGAAAUGAGGUCUUCACCGACGAUGAUACAACAUUACUAGCCUCUGUUGUUCCAGCCAUAGUCAGCAUUCAUGGCGCACUUGCUCAAUUAGGCCUAGAUACUUACAUUAAAGUCUCAACACCCAAUUCUUUAGCGGUCCUCGCUGAAUCAUACCCUCCUUCAGCUGGCAGUUUCAAAACUGAGGUCUCAGGAAUCAUGUCACAAUAUUUACAGUUCUUGUCAAGCACUAAAGCACCAUUUUGGAUCAAUGCAUAUCCAUAUUUCGCUUACAAGGAUAAACCUGAUGAGGUACCCUUGGAUUAUGUGCUCUUUAACCCUAACGCAGGCAUGGUUGACCCCUACACCAAGUUACACUACGACAAUAUGCUGUAUGCUCAAGUCGAUGCUGUUAUUUUUGCAAUUGCCAGAAUGGGUUUUGGUGGAAUUGAAGUUGGGGUGUCAGAGACUGGUUGGCCAUCAAAAGGGGACGCGGAUGAAGUUGGCGCCAUAGUUGAUAAUGCAGCAGCCUAUAACAAAAAUAUUUUGAGGAGGCAACUCAAGAACGAAGGUACACCUUUGCGGCCUAAUAUGAAGCUAGAAGUCUAUUUGUUUGCUUUGUUCAACGAGGACAUGAAACCUGGACCAACAUCAGAGAGAAAUUAUGGCCUCUUUCAACCUGAUUGUACCAUGGUCUACAAUGUGGGGAUCUCAGCCCUUUCAAGUCCAUCAUCGACCUCAUCGGCUUCCAUUUCUCUUACUUCCUCUGCCACAAAGGAUACAAGCAUGGAAAGAUUGGUGUAUUUGCAGUUUAUGAUUUUCCUGACGUUCCAUGUUUUCAUGAGAAGAGCAUGCUAAGCGAUCGACAGAGUUGAAAUUUUUUUUUUUUUGUGAGAAGCUUUGAGGUUUGUGGGUAACCUUCAAAAAACAGACCUCAGAACCGCCACAAUCAGACAGCGAAGUUCCCAUUUUGCACAAACUUAAGAAACAAUGAAUCUCAAAAUGUUGACAAUUGUUUCUACAAAGCAUUACACCCUUAAUUCCAGCAUCUUGCAGAACAACUCUCGAUCAUGAAUUGAGCUUGCUUUCCACGAAACAACAAAGGAUACACAGCAUCUUUUAUCGUAAUUAUGCCAGGUAUUUAGAACAGUAAUUUCUUUAAAAACCUCUUCAUUAAUUUGCUGUCCUUCUUGCUAGGACAUAUUUGAGUAUGUAAUAUACUUUGUUAUUCGGGGGAAAAUAUGUAAUGGAAUUUAUAACAAUAUUGCCAAUCUUCCCCUUAUUGGCUGCAAAGAAAGGCACCUCCCUACCUUUGGACGUGGAAUCCA